GACUUCUCUCUUCGCUUCUCACCGGAGCAGAGCGGAAGGACGGAGCGUUUCCUGGCGCAGGUCGGCCCACGCUGUCCGGGGUAGGGGGGGGGCUCCGCGUUCACUAUACGACCGAGCGCGCGUGGCAUGUGACACCUAGCGAGCGACUUCUUUUCACGCGCAAGACUAGGAAAGCGGCGCGGCUCGCGAGGGCUCGACCUGUGGAGGGCAGAGAGAGAGAGAGAGCGCGCGCGCGCGCGAGAGAGAGAGAGCUCCCCGGUUCUUCCCCGGUCUCACGCCGCGGCCGAGAUGAGGCGGCUCUGCGGACCCGAGCUGCCGUUCUGGGUAGCCAAUGAGACACUCCAUACAGAUCGGCCCGACCUCCCACAAUGUUUUCAGAUGUCUGUCCUAGCAUGGCUACCAUGCAUCUACCUGUGGGCUGUGUGCCCCAUCUACCUCUUCUACCUCAAGAAGAACAACAAAGGCUAUAUUAUGAUGUCCAUUAAGAACAGGUUCAAAACGGUGUUCGGCUUGUUGUUAUGGAUCGUGUGCUGGACAGAUCUCUUCUACACAAUUUAUGAGGUGCAGCAUGAACAGAGUCGGCCGCCCAUCUACUUUAUCACCCCGCUGAUUCUCGGCAUGACGAUGCUUUUGGCCACGUUUCUGAUCCAGUUGGAGAGGUUACGCGGGGUCCAGUCCUCAGGGGUCCUCUUCAUCUUCUGGUUCCUAUCUGUGCUGUUUGCCAUUGUGCCUUUUCGCUCCAAGAUCCUGCAGGCCUCCAGCCAGAGCGGCGUGACAGAUAAGCUGCGGUUCACAAUGUUCUACUUCUACUUCAGCCUAGUGGUGUGUGAGCUGAUCCUCUGCUGCUUCAAUGAGAAACCUCCUCUCUUCUCCAACGCCGUCACAGACCCCAAUCCCUGUCCCGAAACCACAGCAGGCUUUCUCUCCAAGAUGACAUUUUGGUGGUUCACAAGUAUGGCCAUGAAAGGCUAUAAAAUGCCCCUGGAGGCCAAAGACCUUUGGGGUCUGAACGAGCGUGACAGUUCAAAGAUGAUUGUCCCCAAACUCCUCAAAGAGUGGGAGAAGGAGCAGAGCAAGGCCAAGAGUAACAGUAACCAGUCUAUCAAGAGUCCAUCAAGUCAGGCCGUGUUCUCCAAGCCACAGCCCUCGGCUACCAACCAUGUUGCAGAAGGGGGAGAGGAGAGCAAGCUAGAGGAAGUGGAGCUGCUGCUGACCGAUCAGAAAGCCGCUUCCCGACAGCCAUCCUUCCUGCGCGCCCUUAUUAAAGCCUUCGGACCCUACUUUCUGAUUGGAUCAGGCUUCAAGUUAAUGCAGGAUAUCAUCACCUUUGUCAACCCUCAGCUACUCAGGAUGCUGAUUUCUUUCACCAAACAGACGGGCGUUCCAGUGUGGUGGGGCUACACGCUGGCGUUCCUCAUGUUCUUCACAGCUUUCCUGCAGACUCUCAUUCUCCACCAUCACUUUCAGUACUGCUUUGUCACCGGCAUGAACGUCCGCACAGCCAUCAUAGGCGCCAUCUACAGGAAGGCACUGGUGAUAACUAAUGCUGCCAAACGUUCAUCUACAGUGGGAGAAGUCGUCAACCUGAUGUCUGUGGAUGCUCAGAGGUUCAUGGACCUCACCACUUUCCUCAACAUGUUGUGGUCUGCUCCUCUUCAAAUCAUGCUGGCGUUAUAUUUCCUCUGGGAUAAUCUCGGGCCAUCUGUGUUGGCUGGCGUGGCUGUCAUGGUCAUGCUAAUCCCUUUCAAUGCUGUUAUUGCAAUGAAGACACGAGCCUAUCAGGUGGAGCAAAUGCAGUACAAGGACUCCCGCAUCAAACUCAUGAAUGAAAUCCUGAAUGGCAUCAAAGUCCUGAAACUGUACGCCUGGGAAAACUCUUUCAAAGAUAAGGUCCUGGCCAUUCGACAGAAGGAGCUCAACGUGCUCCGCAAGACGGCCUACCUGGGAGCACUGUCCACCAUGGCGUGGACCAGUGCCCCCUUCCUGGUUGCCUUGACAACAUUUGCCGUAUAUGUGACUGUGGAUGAGAGCCACGUCCUGGAUGCAGAGAAGGCCUUUGUGUCACUGUCGCUCUUUAACAUCCUCAGGUUUCCUCUCAACAUGCUUCCUCAAGUCAUUAGUAGCAUUGUACAGGCCAGUGUCUCACUGAAGCGAAUCCAAAAGUUCCUGAGUCAUGAUGAGCUGGAUCCAGAUUCAGUAGACAGGAAGGGCAUUGCCAAAGAAUAUUCAGUGACAGUUUUGAAUGGGAAGUUCAGCUGGGCUAAAGAGGAUGCUCCUGUUCUGCAUAAUAUCAACGUGAUGGUGCCGCAGGGGUCCCUUCUGGCGGUGGUGGGUCAUGUUGGCUGUGGGAAAUCCUCCCUCAUCUCUGCUCUGCUGGGUGAAAUGGAGAAACUGGAGGGGGAGGUUUCAAUUCAGGGAUCUGUGGCAUACGUACCUCAGCAGGCCUGGAUACAGAACGCCACACUGCGGGACAACAUCCUGUUUGGGAAACCUUACAAUGAGAAGAAGUACCGCUGUGUUCUGGAGGCCUGUGCCUUGACCCCUGACCUGGAGGUGCUGCCUGGGGGAGAUAUGACUGAGAUAGGAGAGAAGGGCAUCAAUCUCUCUGGUGGACAGAGACAGAGGGUGAGUUUGGCUCGAGCGCUGUACAGUGACGCUGAUGUGUACUUGCUGGAUGACCCGCUGUCCGCUGUGGAUGCCCACGUGUCCAAACACAUCUUCGACAGCCUCAUCGGUCCAGAGGGCGUGUUGAAAGGCAAGACUCGUAUUCUGGUGACGCAUGGCAUCAGCUUCCUGCCUCAGGUCGAUAACAUUAUGGUGAUGGUGGAAGGCCGCGUGUCAGAGAUGGGCUCUUACCAGGAGCUGCUCAAGCAGAACGGAGCCUUUGCCGAGUUUCUCAGGAACUACUCUCUAGAGGACAUCAUAGAGGAGGACGAGGCCACUGAGGAUUUAAUCGAAGAGGAGCAGUUUUUCCCUGAAGAUGCACUCAGUAAUCACACAGACAUGGUCGACAAUGAACCAGUAAUCAAUGAAGCCAAGAGAAGUUUCAUAAGACAGAUCAGCAUCAUUUCACAAGAUGGAGAGGGACCAAGGACUCGCUCGGUGAGGAGGCAUGGCUGCAGUCAGAGGAAACACGCCGAACCACAAGAGAAGAAGAAACCACAGGCGAUGGACAAACUCAUCCAGGCAGAGACUGCAGAAACUGGCAGGGUGAAAACGAAGGUUUAUUUAGAGUACGUGAAGGCGGUGGGGCCACUGCUGUCAGCGGUCAUCUGCUUGCUGUAUGGCUGCCAGAGCGCUGCGGCUAUUGGUGCGAACGUGUGGCUCAGCGAGUGGACCAACGAUGCCUCGAGAAACCAGACACAGCAGAAUGUUCACAUGAGGGUUGGGGUGUACGCAGCACUGGGCAUAGCACAAGGGUUGCUGUUGUUGGUUAACUGCCUGUUGUGCCGGGCCUACAGUAUGCUGCGGGCGGCCAAGCUCACACACCGCAACUUACUCCAGGGGGUCCUGCGAGCUCCGCAGGCCUUCUUCGAGAGCACCCCGACUGGGCGGUUACUUAACCGCUUCAGCAAAGACGUGGAUUGUAUAGACUCCCACAUCCCAGAAAAUAUUGACAUAUGGAUGCGCACUUUCUGGUACACUCUGAAUGUGCUGCUCAUAUGCUCUGCCCUCACCCCAAUGUUCCUCAUAGUCAUAGCCCCGUUAAUGGUGUUCUAUUGGUGGGUUCAGAGAUUUUAUGUUGCCACAUCUCGGCAGCUGAAACGUCUGGAGUCAGUCAGCCGCUCUCCCAUAUACUCCCAUUUCUCUGAAACCAUCACUGGCUCUAGUGUAGUCCGAGCCUAUGGCAGACACUCUGCCUUUGUUCUGAUGAGUGAUAUGAAAGUGGAUGAGAACCAAAAGAGUUACUACCCUGGUAUAGUGUCCAACAGGUGGCUUGGAGUACGCAUCGAGUUCAUCGGGAACUGCAUUGUGCUGUUUGCUGCUCUGUUUGCUGUGAUCGGGAAAGAGAAUCUGAACCCCGGCCUUGUCGGCCUGUCAGUGUCCUACGCUCUACAGGUGACCAUGUCCCUGAACUGGAUGGUGCGAAUGACGUCCGACCUGGAGAGUAACAUCGUAGCAGUGGAGCGAGUGAAGGAGUACUCCGAGACCCAGACAGAGGCCCCCUGGGAGGUGGAGGACAAGAAGCCCCCUCCGGAAUGGCCCCUGGAGGGGAACGUAGACUUCCAAGGCUACAGCGUUCGCUACAGAGAGGGACUGGACCUGGUGCUGAAGCGACUGACGCUGAGCGUCAAAGGAGGAGAAAAGGUCGGUAUCGUGGGCCGCACCGGAGCUGGGAAGUCCUCAAUGACGCUCUGCCUCUUCCGACUGCUGGAAGCCGCGUCGGGAGAAAUCACCAUCGACAACGUGAAGAUAGCGGAGAUCGGGCUGCAUGACCUGAGAUCCAAACUCACCAUCAUUCCACAGGAGCCAGUUCUUUUUUCCGGGACGCUCAGGAUGAACCUUGACCCUUUUGAGAAGUACAGCGAUGAAGAGGUGUGGAAAGCUUUGGAACAUUCCCACCUUCACAGGUUUGUCAGCAACCACCCUGCAAAACUGGAGCUGGAGUGUUCAGAGGGAGGAGAGAACCUCAGUGUGGGCCAGAGGCAGCUGGUGUGUUUGGCCCGAGCUCUCUUGAGGAAAACAAGGAUUCUGAUCCUGGACGAAGCCACGGCUGCUGUAGACCUGGAAACGGACGAUCUCAUCCAGUCCACCAUCAGAACUCAGUUUGAGGACUGCACCGUCUUCACCAUCGCACACAGACUCAACACAAUCAUGGAUUACACAAGAGUGCUGGUGCUGGAUAAGGGACAGAUCGCGGAGUUUGACACUCCCACGAACCUCAUAUCCCGCAAAGGAAUCUUCUACGGCAUGGCUAAGGAUGCUGGACUGGCUCAGUAGAGCUGCUCCCUUUUAUACAAACCAGGGCAGAGAACCAGCUCCUGCCCGACGCAAGAGUUACCUUUUUUAAUGUGCACUUGCUAGUUUUCCAGGGCACUUAUUGCUGGGUUUGUUUUCAGCCUAAAUGUUUCUGCAGACGUGGAUCAAUUACCAAAUACAAGCAACUAGUGUCAGUCUGAUCCACAACAGGACCAGCAGGAGAAAUAAGCCAUAUGUGCAAGCGCUAGUUACUCUCAAGCUGUUUUAGUGCCUUUUACCAGUGGGAUGAAAAAACACAGUGAAUGUAUCAUUUGUUAAUCAGCUGUGAGGAAAAACAAGAACAGCAGCAACUUUUUGAUGUUAUUUUUUCUACAAAGAUUAAUCCUGUGCCACUGUAAUUCCUCAAAGAAAACAUACACUUUUGUGAUAAAACCCACUUAUUUUUGUACUCUACUAUUAUUUAAGUUACCUUGUAAACAUUUGUCACAUCUAGGGACAUUUGCUCAGUUAAAUGUGAUUCUUUUAUGAACCAAAUCUAUAAAAACUUGAAUUCUGUACCACCAAAAUAUGAAGUAUGAUAAUGCCUUUAUAAAAAACUAAAGAACA